AUGGCGGCAACCUGCUAUGCGGGCAGCGACCGUCAGUUUGGCCCUCGUGUUGCCAUCAACUGUCGAAAUUUUGAUUUCACUCUUCUUUUCGAAGAUGCCGUGCUCACUGUCUUACCCGCUGGCUUGUUCGUAAUUUUCUUCCUGGUCCGGCUGGAGAUCCUACGAAGAAAUCCGGUGAAAGUGAUGUCUUACAAAUUGGCAGCGUAUAAAGUGGCACUUUUAACGACUCUCUUUGUGUUGCUUGUGGUCUAUACGGUCCUACGGAUUCGAACGUCAGUCUUGCAUACUCCGUUGUCACUGACAUCCGACAUCCUCAAUAUCGUUGUCGCCGCUGGCGCAGUGGCCCUCUCUUUCCUAGAAGAUCAACGUUCGACCCGACCAUCGGACCUCCUCGUCAUCUAUUUUUCAUUGCUAUCACUGCUGUGGAUCCCGCGACUACGCUCCCUGUGGUUGAUCUCGGCGUCAGGCCCCUGCAGGGUCUUGUGGACAACGAUAUACGUCGUCGCUGUCCUAAUUGCCUUCCUCGAAUCGACCAGAAAGGUCGAGACCUUACGUCCUUCGUACAAACAUGUCACAGUAGAGCAGGCCAGUGGGUUCUGGUCUCGAAGCGUCUUUAGAUGGGUUGUGCCCUCUAUCCGGCUGGGAUACUCCACGAUACUGUCCGUCGGAGACAUGCCGAAGGUCGACGAGAGCUUACAAGGCGACGUGGCGCGCGAAAAGCUGGAAAGAGCUUGGGAGCAAUCAGAGGGGAAAUAUCGGCUCAUCAAAGCAGUCUUCCGCGCGUACCGUUGGACUGCUAUUUCGGGGAUUAUUCCUCGGCUCAUCCUCGCUGGAUUCACCUUCUGCCAGCCGUUCCUUAUCACAUCGACUGUGGAUUACUUCGCGGGAGAAGCGAAGAAUAAGCCUAAGGAAUACGGACAGGCACUGGUGGGGGCAUUUUUGCUCGUUUAUCUGGGGAUUGCAAUAUCGACGUCCAUUUACUGGCGCCAAACAUACCGACUGGGCACAAUGGUGCGAGGAGGUCUCAUCUCGCGCCUAUACUGCAAAACUACCGUCCUGGCACAGGAGGACGUGAAAGGAAAUGCAGCCCUCACACUAAUGGGAACAGACGUGGAGCGCAUCGUGAACAGUCUCAGAUCGUUGCAUGAAAUUUGGGCCUCAAUUUUAGAGGUCAUCGUGGCCGUCUAUCUUUUGCAACGUCAGGUUUUUCUGGCUUGUCUUGUCCCUGCAAUCAUUUGUUUGGCAUGCGUGUUUGGUGCAGGCCCGAUAUCCGCGCGGAGCGCACCAGCGCAGAGAGCUUGGGUCGAGAGAGUCGAGAAGCGGGUUGCUGUUACGUCCACAUUACUGAGAGACAUGAAGUCUGUGAAAAUGCUGGGGCUGACCGACGUGUUUUUUGGGCUGGUGACCAAGUUGCGAGUGGCAGAACUGGAGACAUCUUCGCGGUUCCGCAAGCUGCUAAUCUGGACCGUGCUACUAUCAAAUGUACCAAGGGACGUGGCCCCGUACAUGACAUUCGCCGUUUAUGCAAUCAUCUCUGUGGUCCGGCAGAAUCAGUCCCUCAUGGCGUCUCAGGCUUUCACUUCACUCUCUUUAAUCACGUUGUUGACUACGCCUCUGUUGGAUUUUGUGCAAGCGGUUCCAGCAUUGAUUCAGUGCGUCGGUUGUUUCGAAAGAAUCGAGGAGUAUCUGGAGAGAUCGCCGAUUACAUACCCUCCUUCGACGUCUGCACUGACAGACGUAAAAGUCCAGCAGACUGAGGAUGCAGAGAAACUCUCUGGUAUUUCUGCUGUAGUAUCAUUUAAAGAUGCAGAAAUUACCUGGCCAUCUGGCUCAGAAGGCGUGUUCCAGAACCUUACCCUGGAGAUUAGCAAAGGGAUCACGAUGAUUACCGGGCCGGUGGGCUCUGGAAAAUCGGCCUUGAUCAAAAGCAUACUUGGUGAGAUGACUGUGAGCAAAGGUUCUGUUCACACAACGUCCGAAAAUAUUGCGUACUGCCCUCAGGUACCAUGGAUUGUGGACGACACUAUCCAGCAAAACAUCACCGGGGGCGCACAGUUCGACUCAGAAUGGUAUGACUUUGCAGUUUCUGCUUGUGGGCUGAAGGAUGAUUUCAGGUAUAUUACUGCUGGAGACAUGCAUGUCGCAGGGAGUAACGGCGCCUCCUUGAGUGGAGGUCAGAAACAAAGGGUGGCGCUUGCACGGGCCAUUUACUCUAGACUCCCUGUCAUUCUAAUUGACGAUAUCUUCAACGGCUUGGAUUCCAAGCGUGUAAGUAGCCUAGCUGCAGCUCUAUUCGCUGAGGAUGGACACUUCCACAAAGCCGGCAUAACAGUCAUCCUGGCCACUCACACCGAUAGUCUUCUUCCAUACGCAGAUAAGAUUAUUGUCGUGGACCAUGGAGCAGCUGCUUAUGCAAGCUCACAUGGAGACCUUAUAGACCGGACGCCAGAUGCUAUAUCGGAGGAUUCGAUCGUGUCCCACCGGGAAACGCCCAACCCUCAUACUAACAAAGCUCCUACAGAAGAAAGCCAACGUCUUGCAGUCGAGGACGAUGCAAGUGAUACCCGGUCCAGAGUAGACGAAGUCGACUUCUCACGGCGCGAUGGCACUUGGGAGGUGUAUACAUACUACACUAGGAGUGCAGGCCCCUGGAUUGCCGUGGCGUUCGUUGCCUCGAUAUUUGUUUGGACUUUUUUCAAUACCUUCUCUACUCUGUGGAUCCAGUGGUGGUCUGAGUCGAAUGCGACAGAUCCCAACGGCAGGGUUGGCUGGUACCUGGGGUUCUACACCGGAUUCACAGUUGUCGGUAUUGUAGGCUGCUUCGUGGGCUGCGUCCUCUUAUUUAUCAACAUCAUCAACGACACGGCAUUAACACUACACACGGACCUACUGAAAGCCACCUUAAAAGCGCCGUGGAGCUUCUUCCUAACAACCGACGUCGGGAUCAUGACCAACCGGUUCAGCCAAGAUAUGGAUCUCAUCGACAUGAAGCUUCCAGUCUGGGUGGUUAACACCGUAGCCUAUGUCGCACUCUCCUUGAUGAAUUUGAUUCUACUAUGUGUUGUUGGCAAGUACAUGGCCAUCACUUUUCCUUUCCUGAUGAUCGCUUUCGUCAUCAUCCAGCGCAUUUACCUCCGGACCUCCCGACAGGUGCGGCUGCUCGACAUCGAAGCCAAAGCGCCACUCUACGCCCAUUUCGCAGAGACAAUCGACGGGAUCAGCUCGCUGCGAGCCUUUGGCUGGGGCGACGCCUUCCAAACAGAAUGCAACAAGCGAAUCAAUCAAUCCCAGCGGCCGUUCUACACGCUGCUCUGUCUGCAGCAAUGGCUGACCCUGGUUCUGAACCUGGUCAUUGCAGCCAUGGCAGUUAUACUAGUCGCGAUUGCCACGCACCUGAGAGAUCAAUUCAGUGCUGGUGGUAUAGGUGUCGCGCUGAAUGUGGUGCUAAGUCUAAAUCAGAUUCUAGUGCAAGCGAUUCAGGCGUGGACACAGCUGGAAACGUCCAUUGGUGCCGUUUCUCGCGUGCACAGCUUCCAGAAGGACACACCUUGCGAGGACAGAGCUCUCGAGGUUCAGGCACUACCGCUCAUGUCUCAAAAGUGGCCAUCGGAGGGCGCUAUUGCCUUUGAGAAUCUUACGGUUGCGUACCAUACCGAUCGUCAACCUGUCAUCAGAGAUCUAACGUUGAAGAUCAAGCCUAGGGAAAAGAUUGCCCUCUGCGGCCCGUCGGGGAGUGGUAAAAGCUCGCUGAUCAUGACCCUCUUGCAGAUGACGGAAGUCAGAGGCGGCCAUGUCUCCAUCGAUAACCGGGACCUGGCACUCAUCCAGCCAUCUGAGAUACGGCAGCAGCUCAACGUCAUCCCCCAGGACCCAUACUUUGUGCCUGACACGAUCCGGUUCAACCUAAACCCCCAUGCCGUCGCCUCCGACGACGAGAUCAUCGGCGCAGUCAAGAAAGUGGGCCUGGGCCUAUGGGAGAAGGUCCAGUUGAACGGCGGCCUUGAUGGAGAUCUCGACGCUUCUCAGUGGUCUAUGGGGGAGAAGCAAUUGCUGGCAUUGGCGAGAGCGUUGACUUCACGAAGCCCUAUUUUGAUCCUUGAUGAGGCGACAAGCAACGUCGACUCCGAAACGGAAGCAAUCAUGCAAAAAGUGAUCGAGACGGAAUUCGCCAGCCAGACGGUUAUCAUGGUCAUGCAUCGACUUCGCUACGUCACCCGCUUCGAUCGCGUGGUUCUUGUGAAGGAGGGAGAGCUCGUUGAAUGUGAUAGUCCGACCGCAUUGCUUGCACGAGACUCGGAGUUUGCGCAGUUCUUCGCUGCGUUUAUGAAAGAGCACUGAUCAAAUAUUGUUCUAUUUCUCUAACAGAGAUUAAGAGUAGAAAGGAU